GUAACGUGCGCAUCUCUAGUCCGACUCCCCUCAAACAUUUAUUUACAAAAAUCAUACUUUAAGCAUGUUGCAGCGCCUGUCGCGUGGAUUUUCCUCCUUAGGGCGAUGUGGCAGUCGGACGGCGUCCUCCCUGCCCACAAAUCAGGCUCAGCCGGGAGAGGAAGUGGAGGUCAGUGCCACCGUGAAGAGGAUUCGCGCGGAAUUGGCCGCCGAUAAGCAGAAACUAAAUUGGAGGACCCCGAUAGGCGACCGGCCGGAAGAUUGGAGCAGCAAGCUGAAACUGUUUUCCGACUCGGAACAGACCUCCGAUUUCAUAGUCAUGAUGCAGAGACCCAUCGACUUGAGCCCCAGAAAAAUGCGGCUGUGGUGGGACAACCGACAGGAGCAGAUCGAGCGGCAUAUGCAGCAGUUCAUCCCGGAUAGACACAAGAUUCUGGGCGCCGAAUUGGCUGCUGCACAUUUCAUCAUGUAUCGCGGUGGCGCCGUUAAGUUCCUCAACGAUUCCCGAUGGCAUCGGGCCACCGAGGAUGAAGGGGACCUCAACCUGCCCAAUAAGUUUGAUCCUGGUUACAAAGUGGAGGCCUUGCGGUGUGACAACAUGACCCUCUAUUACGAGGGAUUGGAGAACUUACGCUGCCUGGACUCCCUUAAGUUCCUGUCCUUUCACAACAUAAAAACCUUUGACGACUGGUGUCUGGACAGGGUUUCGGGUGGUGGUUUUCCGCAUCUGGAGGUGCUAGAUCUCUCAGGCACCCAAAUCACCACCAAUGGACUGGCCAGCCUCUAUCGCCUGCCGAAGCUUAAAUUGCUCAUUCUGGAUGAUCCCAAGGAGACUCUGGAGUUUGAAUUGGCCACGGCCAUGUUGGAGGAAUCCAUGCCCGCGCUAAAAGUUGUAGGCGCCGAUGUUAUUCACGGCUAAAUUUGUUAAUUUAGACUUUUUUAAAUUAAAUUAUAUGAAAAAUGUUAUAACAAUUCAAAUAACAA